AUGUUUCACUUAUAUGAGUUGUUAAUGUUUUUUUUAAGACAUCCAAGAGAUGAGUAUGACGAAGAAUUUUUAGGUCCAAAUUUUUUACAUUUUUACGAUAAAAAUUAUUACAGAAAAGAUAUAAUUAUAAAGAAUAGAAGAGGAGAGAAAUUGAAAUGUUGCCACUUUACUCCUUUUAAUUAUAAUGAAAAUACUCCAUGUGUUAUCUAUACACAUUCAACAAGCAGUUGUCAACUAGAAACAUUAGAUAUAUUACACAUUUUACUUAUUUGUGAUUGUUCUAUUUUUUCUUAUGAUUGUGCUGGUUGUGGUUUAUCUGAUGGAUUUUAUUCAACAAAAGGUUGGAAUGAAUCACAAGAUUUAUAUUUAAUUUUAAAUCAUUUAAGAAAUAUCGAAAAAAUUAAAAAUUUUGUUCUUUGGGGUAAAUAUUCUGGUGCUGUAAGUUCAAUAAUAACAGCAGCUUUGGAUGGAAAUAUUAAAUUACUAAUUUUAGAUUCCCCAUAUGUGUCACUAACAGAGUUAUAUAAGACAACUUUUCAUUUAAACGCCAAAGGAAAAAGGGAGAUUAUCUUUAAAAAUAUUUGUUUAUAUUUUGCAAGAAAAGAGAUUAAAAAAAAAUUUCAUUAUGAUAUAAAUAAUGUGUGCCCUAUAUUUUUUAUUGAAAACAUUACUACACCUACAAUUUACAUCAUUUCAAAAAAUGAUAAAAUUGUACAUCCAGCACAUUCUUUAUAUUUAGCUUACAAACAAAAGAGAGCAAAUAAAACCAUUUAUAUUUCUGAAAAAACAGUCCAAUCCUACGAAUCUUUUUCAUAUGAGAAUAAAUUAACUGUAGCUAUUAAAUCAAUUUUAUAUGACUCCUCUUUUGAAUCAGAUACAAGAACAGUUUUUGAUGAGUCUGCAUAUUCUAAAUUAUUUAAUGGAUUAAAAGAUAAAUAUUCUUAUGAAUUUAAUUUUAUUGAUAAAUUGAUAACUAAAAAACAAAAACAAAAAAAAAAAAUUAUUGACAAUGUUAAAAGAUUUAUUUGUUUUAAAUAUAAAACUCAAUCAUCCCUUAAUUCAUCAAACUGUUUAUACCAAUCUACUUUAUGCUCUAUGCGUGAUAUAAAUCCAAAUGAAAAUGAAUUUAUGCGUUAUGAAUCAGCAGACAAUAUAAAAUAUGAAAAUUAUAAAAAUGAAAAAUCUAUUGGAACAAAAAUAAUUAAUGAAUAUGAAGAUUUAUUUCCAGAUGUUGAGAAUAUUAUAAAUGAAUCUAAUGAAAUAAAUCUUUUAAAAAGUAGUGAUAAUGGAAACUUAAUUAAGCUAAAUCAAACUUAUAAAGAAAUUGACGGAGAAAAAAAUCAAAAGCAUUUUAAGAUAUUACAUAUGCAAAGUGCGAGAAGUUCACUCAAGUCAAACAAAAACACAUAUAAAAAAUCUUUAACAUGGGAUAGCAAGCUACACAGUUCCAUUACGUAUUUUAAGGAAGAUUGUCCAUUUGAAUUAAUGAAAAAUGAAUGA